UCUGUUUCCUGUCUUUGUCCCCUCAGAGACUCAGAGAGGAGCAACAUGGCCGCCAUGCAGCUGCUGCGGGUGUUGGUACAUGAGCGGAUCCGCGCUGCCGCUGAAGACUUCCUGCUGCAGGUGGAGGAAGGAGGAGGAAAGGCUCGAGUCCCGGAGCUGAGAGCGAUGCUCACCGAGCGGCUCGCGGCGGCGGGAGAGCAGAUCCUCGCGGGGCUUGAGGAAACCUUGUUAGAGUCCGAGGAGCGAGUGGAGCGGACCGAGCUGGAGAUCUGCCGCCAGAGGAGGCUGCUCGAUGCCGUGAUGCAGCCCGAAGUCCGGCUGCACAGAGCAGUGUGUCCUGCAGACGUCCAGCAACUGAUGGUGAUUAAAGAAGAGGUUCCCUCUGAGGAGCAGCAGUGGAGCCCCCUUGUGGACCAGGAGGACCCACAGCCCCCCCACAUUAAAGAGGAACAGGAGGAUCCGUGGACCAAUCAGGAUGGACAGCAGCUUCAAGGACUGGAGGAGGCUGAUAUCAAGUUCACAUUGACUCCUGUCGCUGUGAAGAGUGAAGAAGAUGAAGAGAAACUUAAAUCGUCAAAGCUUCAUCCGAGUGAGACGAAGGAGAACAGAGCGGACUGUGGAGGACCAGAACCAGCCAGGAACUCAGGUCCUGAUGGACGUUUACAACCAGGUCCUGAGGACAAGACUGACUCUUCUGAGACUGAAGUCAGUAAGGAUGAAAAUGAAAUGUUUAGUUGCUCUGAGUGUGGUAAAAGAUUUUACCUUAGGUGCCGUCUAAAUAGACAUAUGAGGAGUCAUACAGGAGAGAAACCUUUUAGUUGCUCUGAGUGUGGUAAAAGAUUUUCUGAUAUCGGCUGUCUGAAUAGACAUAUGAGGAUUCAUACUGGAGAGAAACCGUUUAGUUGCCCUGAGUGUGGUAAAAGAUUUAACCAACGGUCAAAUUUAAAUAGACAUGUGAGGAGUCAUACAGAAGAGAAACAGUUUAGUUGCCCUGAGUGUGUUAAAAUAUUUAACAAAAGGUCACAUUUUAAUAGACAUGUGAGGAUUCAUACAGAAGAGAAACAGUUUAGUUGCCCUGAGUGUGGUAAAAGAUUUAACAAAAGGUCAAAUUUAAUUCGACAUAUGAGGAGUCACAGGAGAGAAAAAGUUUAGUUGAUCUCAGUGUGGUUAAUGAUUUAAGAUUCAGUCCUAUUGUAUGAGACAUGUGAGGAUUCAUAAAGGAGAGAAGUGAAUCAGUUGCAACCUUUGCAACCAAAAAAUUAUUAGGAUAUAUCAGCAGUUUUCAUAUUAUACAUUUUCAUAGUUCACUGUUUUAAGUAGACUAUUAACAGUUUUUUGUCCCUAGAAAAUAUAACUCAUUGAAUAACACAAGAUUUGUGUUUAAAUAUCUUUUUCCUACUGAUUUCAAAUAAUUUAUCUAUUUUUCACAAUGUCCUUCAUGUCAUUUUAAGGUUCAAGAUUGUUCCUUGCACAGUAUGAAUGUGUACUUAACUAGUUCAUAUGAGUAAAUAUGUUUGUUUUAAGACAAUGGUUUCUUGGUUCUUGAGAUUCAAUGACAGUGUGUGUUCUCCUUUAUGUAUUGAAUGUG